CCAUUUUAAAUUCUUCAGUAGUCACACAUUGUUAUUUCUUCGAAAAAGACAAGUAUAGUAAAAGUGUUCAGCUAAAUUCAAGUCAAUACCAAACAAACCUUUUGUUCACGUAGCCACAAGGGAAAUGACACUCUACAAAUUCUAUCAUUAUUUAUUAAGAAGCUUUCCCAACAAGGGCAGGGCACUGAUCGAAUUAUUAGACUUGCAGAAGUCCGGCAGGUAGUUCAGCCUAUGCGAGUUCCUUGCUUUCUAAAUGGUCGUCAAAGUUGCGCGUGAACGAGAAGAUGGACGACGAGAAUACAGAGUCACUAGGGCUCCUUAGCCAGGUGAAGCUGUUGUUGUGGAAGAACUUCCUGCUACUGACGCGCAGGCCUUGCUUGACCAUCGCCGAGAUAAUACUACCGAUGCUGGGAGCUGUGAUUAUGAACCUUUUUCGAGAGGUGGUUACACCAGUCAAUCACGAAAAUCCGUUGACCUGGCCACCUAUGCCUAUAACUUUGAGUUUUGGAGAUCUGGCCUUUAGCGCAACGGUAUUGUACGCUCCGAACACGUCGCUGGUGAACUCUCUAAUGGAGGAUAUCAAUGAAACAUUUGCUAAAGAUUCUUUAGAGGCGAAGGUCUUGGGUUUUGCCUCCGAAUCGGAUUUACGGACCUAUUUCGUUCAGAACAAAACUCGAUCAGAUGAUAUCCCCCUCGCCGUCAUUUUUGACGUUAGCAGCAGCGCCAGCAGUUGGCCGCCCACGGUCACAUAUAAGAUCCGUCCCCGUAUAGUCGAAGACGCCGACUGGAACACGAAACAUCCUUCACUCAUAAAGGAUUUCACGCCCGUCAACAGUAGAAAUGAGUAUAUCUCGACUGGUUUCGUCUAUCUCCAGCACUUGAUUGGCAUGUCGAUCAUUAAGAAAUGGAAGCCUGAUCCUGUGUUAAAUGUUUCUUAUUGGCUGAUAAACAGAAUGCCGUUUCCACCAUACAAAGAAGACAAGAUGGCUAUGCUAAUUGACAUAGUGUACCCAAAUCUUAUGCUGAUUUUCAUUUUGAUCUCCGUUGUCACCAUGGUCAGGGAAGUUGUGCUCGAGAAGGAAGAAAAGCUCAAGGAGUUUAUGAAGGUGAUGGGCGUGACCGAGACUGCUAUCUGGAUGGCCUGGUUCCUGCAGUUCUUCCUCUACCUCAUGGUGGCGAGUGUCGCAGACGUUAUUUUCUUGUGCGUCGGCGUCGGGGUGGAGACGCCUGCGUUGCCUUAUAGUAGUCCCUCGCUUAUCUUAGUCUUCUUCAUGUGCUACAGCGUAUGUGUCAUUCUGUUCUCCUUCUUCAUCUCCACCCUUGUCAGUCAAGCCAACAUCGGGGCGGCGAUAGCUGGUUUGGUAUUCUUUCUCACCUUUCUUCCUGCAUCUCUCGCCGAUACUUCUGACCCCACAAUGACGAACCAAAAACUGGCCUUGUGUCUUUUCUUCAACACCGCCAUGGCCUUAGGAUUGAAGGUUAUCUCCUAUCACGAGUCCACAGGCCUUGGGAUGAAAUGGAGCAAUGUCGCCGAAGCCACUGGGUUUCAUUCCAUCCUCUUAAUGCUACUCCUAGACACAUUAAUCUUCGCUGUUCUUGCUUGGUACAUCAGUAAUGUUCAUCCAGGAGAAUAUGGAGUAGCGCGACCCUGGUAUUUUCCUUGCCAAAGAUCGUACUGGUGUGGAGAGGAGACAGAACCUUCGUCCCCUGAGGAGCUGUCAGAUACCGGAGAUCCCACCUAUUUCGAGAGUGAACCCCCUGGUUUAACUGUAGGGGUACAAGUUCUACAUCUAAGGAAGGUAUUCUCUGGACCGUUCGUGGCAGUCAAAGACGUUUCACUGACCAUGUUUGAAGGGCAUAUAACAGUUUUGCUUGGACAUAACGGAGCUGGCAAGACGACUACCAUGUCCAUGCUGACUGGUUUUAUACCGCCAACGUCUGGCACUGCCUACGUUAACGGCUACGACAUUCGUACGAACUUUGUCAGCGCGAGACGAUACCUGGGAUUGUGUCCUCAGUACAACAUCCUUUUCAAGUCUCUCACUAUUGAAGAGCAUCUUAAGUUCUUUGCUCUGCUCAAGGGCUGUCGUGAAAAAGACGUGCCCUCUAUUGUGAUAAGAUCUGCUGAAGAAGUGGGACUGAAUAGUAGGUUGAAAGAUUAUGCGGAUAAACUGUCAGGUGGACAGAUGCGUAAACUGUGUAUCGCCAUCGCUCUCAUCGGAGGAUCAAAGGUCGUAAUUCUGGACGAACCUUCAUCCGGCAUGGAUCCAUCCGCUCGCAGACAAAUGUGGGAAGUGCUGCAGAGGAACCGAGAAGGCCGAACCAUGCUCCUGACCACGCACUACAUGGACGAGGCGGACGCUCUUGGCGACAGGAUAGCCAUCAUGGCCAAAGGAGUUGUGAAGUGUUGUGGAACGACUAUGUUCCUGAGGUCAAUAUACGGGGCCGGCUAUCACCUAAUCAUUGUGAAGAAUCCUGGCUGUGUCACGGAAGCUGUGACGUCUGCCAUUCAAGGACAAAUCGAGAAUGCGGAGCUGGAAGGGCAAGCUGGGGCAGAACUAACGUACCUGCUGCCAAAGGAUCAGUCAUCAAAGUUUGUGCAGUUGUUCAGCAUGAUUGAAUAUAAGAGCGGAUCACUUGGCAUAUCGAGUUUCGGAGUCACUGCUACAACAAUGGAAGAAAUUUUCCUCAAAGUUGGUAUCGAUGAAACUCCGAGGCGUUCAACCUUAAAAAGUGUAACUGAGUCGGAAACAUCUAUAGAUUCAUCAGAAAUUAUAUCGUCAGAUAUAUCGUCAGAUAUAUCGUCAGAGGAAGAUGAAAGGGACACGAGCUAUGUGGCAUUAGAGCGGAGUUAUAAACGCCUGACCUAUCCCCACCUGCAGCUGUCGAGGUUCUACGGGAUGUUCGUUAAGAAGGCCAUUACAAGCCAACGUCACCCUAAGAUGACUCUCGCCCAGAUGGUCUUGCCAAUACUUCUUGUGGUGCUUGUUCUCCGUUCAAAGGGUGAAGAUGAAAGUGAACUCCAGCCUUCCUUGAGGCUGAAUCUGGAUGUCUUUACCAAGACAACCGUUGUCUAUUCCUCGGGACAUCCCCCUUCAACGCACACGACAAAUUUAGGCAAUUCCUACAGCUCUCUUUUUGACAAGGAUAAAACACUUAAAAAGGCUGACAAGAAUAUUACCUUGUAUUUCCUAGACCAAGCCAAAGAGCUUGAACGGGAGGGUUACGUGAAACAAUUGAUCAUUGGUGGAGAAUUUCGGCCCGUCGAAAAGUCGGAGGAGGUUGAGAUCACUGCGUGGUACAGCGGUCAGCAAUUUCACGCGCUGCCCAUUUCCGUGGCACACGUUAUCAACGCUUUUGCCCGAGUGGUCACUGGCGACAAAAGUCGCACGAUCAACACUUUCAACCAUCCUUUGCCGCCUACUGAUGAGGCUAAGGAAAAGGGAGAUUUAUUGGGUGCCAUUGCGUCUGGUUUUAUACUCGCCUUUACAAUGCUGUUCGGGAUGUCUUUCCUGACGGCCGCAGCUGCUUAUUUUCCAAUUGCAGAGCGGCAAACAAGCGCGAAACAUGUACAAAUUGUCAGUGGAGUUGACCCAUUUUCUUUCUGGUUGUCGGCCUUUACAUGGGACUACAUCGUCAUCCUGAUUGUAAACCUGUUUCUACUGAUAACCAUUGUAGCGUACCAGGUGGAUACGUUCAAGGAGGGCAGUAACCUGGCAGUGUUGUGGCUAGUGAUGAUGACGUACGGCUUGGCCGUUCUACCAUACUCCUACAUCCUCCACUUUCUCUUUUUAGUCCCUACCACCGGCUUUGUUGUGCUGCUGAACAUUACCUUUAUGACAGGAUUGGUUACCAUCAGUAUGAGCUUCCUGUUCCAUAUACCUGGAAUGGACAUACCGGGAAGCGAUACGAUGGAAAACAUAUUCAGGAUAUUGUUUCCACACUUCUGCUUUGGCUUCAGCAUUCUUUCGAUGUAUGUUAAUAAAUUCACCCUCAACCUUUGCAAAAAUGUUAACGUUACAACAUGUCCGGAAACGCAAAGCCCUUGUUGCAAAGACCACUGUCAAAAGACCUGCUUUCCGCAUGAAGAGAAUUACCUGGCCCUUUCCUACCCAGCCGUAGGAACCAACGUCGUGUGUAUGCUGGUUCAGGGUAUAACCUUCUUCGCACUUUUACUUGUAUUGGAAUCACAGAUUCCACAGAAACUUGGGUACUGCUUGAAGUCUAGUUCUGCUGGUGUCGACGCACCAUCUGCCGACGAAGACUUUGACGUCAAGAACGAACGAUUGCGAGUAUCAUCGGGCGAGGCUGAUGGAGAGACGCUGGUGUUGAACAAUAUCUACAAACAGUACGGGCCUGUCGUGGUGGUGAACCACGUCUUUCUCGGGGUGGCCGAGCAAGAAUGCUUCGGGCUGCUCGGCCAAAAUGGGGCUGGCAAAAGCACCACCUUUAAGUUGAUCACAUGUGACACGAUGCUGACUAGCGGAGACAUCUUCGUCCAAAAAUACAGCGUCAAGACAGACUUCAGGAAGGUGCAAAGCUGCUUAGGUUAUUGCCCUCAGGUCGACUCACUGAUAGGACACCUGACUGCGCGGGAGACUCUAUACAUGUUUGCACGUUUGCGGGGAGUGCCUUCUGCUUCUAUUCCUCCCCUGGUGAAAAGUCUUCUUUCCAUUGUCUUUCUAAGCGAAUACGCAGAUAAGAUGUGCGGCAACUACAGUGGUGGGAACAAACGAAAGUUGUGCACAGCUGCUGCUCUGAUUGGCAACCCGCCCGUCGUCCUGCUGGACGAACCUUCGGCAGGUGUGGACCCUGCUGCUCGCCGCCAGCUGUGGACAGUUUUGUCAGGUGUGCGAGCCAGUGGUCGCACUCUGGUUCUUACCUCUCACAGCAUGGAAGAGACCGAGGCCCUGUGCACGCGGCUUGCCAUCAUGGUGAACGGCCAGUUUAAAUGUCUUGGCUCGCCACAACAUCUAAAAUCAAAAUUCGCCCAGGGUUUUUUGCUGAAAGUUAAGGUGGACUCUGAAUCAGAGGAUGAUUCUCAGAACGUGAUAGACUACGUCUUAAGCACAAUCCCAGAUACAGAGACACUUGACGAAAAAGACCUCUACAUAACAUUUAAGGUCAAUAACACCAACAUCCUGGUUUCCGAACUGUUUUCUGCCAUGGAGCAGUGUAAGCAGAUGGGUCACAUCGAGGAUUACGCUAUCCACCAAACGACCCUGGAGGAGAUUUUUCUUGCUUUUGUCAGUAUGCAGCAUCCUAAUCGUGAGGUUAAGGGUGGAGUUUGUAGCUGUUUGUGUUCUUGUUGUCCUUAGCAUUCUUUUCCUAUUGUCAACUUCGAUGUGGUAGAUGUGCUUCACGGAGGAGAAAACCCUGGACACAGCAUAGAUUUCUAUACUUUAACAGUGGACUUUCAAACUGGAACAUCUUGACCAGAAUCGGAACAAAUGAUAACUGGAAAAAGUUGAGCUCUGUAUGCCAGUUUCAGAAGUCAUAACAAUAGACACCUCAUUUUCUCGGGAGACUCAUGGACUAAUAUUACCUAUAGAUACUGUACAGAGCACUUGUGAAUUUCAACCUACUCUCAGUCGAGGCCGAAAUGGAAAACGCUACAGUGUUACUUACCACUGACAAGAAUGCCAUGAGCGCAUUUGAAUAUUAAAAAGAGUAAUUGAUCAAACUAAUCUCCAGAGGAUAUGAGACCAAAUAUGUGUUCGUGCCCGCGAUUGUUUAAUUUAUUGAGCUUUAAUGUUCGGUAGUUAUUUGUAAUUUUUAAGAUAUGUUUAUCUUCUUCUGUUGGAAAUUAAAAGGUUCCACACAUUUCUUGCCUCUCUGUUAUUUACAUAUAUAAAUAUAAUCUCUUUAUAGUCAAGUGUUUUUGCCCACGACUAUGACUGCAAACCAAGCUUAAUAAAUAUAUUAAACAGCAAUCUUUUCUGAUUAGA